AUGAGGCAGCAUCCGGCCAUCAGCUUGCCAAAAUCUGAAAUUUAUUGUAGUAAUGUUCCAGACCCCAUGAAGCAGAAUAUCACGGCUAUCUUAGGAGUCCGGGCUGUUCUCGGGACUGCUAACAUCGGUCAUAAUCCGAGUUAUGUAUGGAGAAGUAUUCUUCGCGCUAGAUUUCUGGUCUGUGGGGGUGCUCGGUGGAGCAUUGGGACAGGUAGUAGUUUCCCUAUUCUUAAUGAACCGUGGUUAUUAAAUGGUAGUCGUAUUGAUGGUAAUAUUGAGGGUGCCCACUCUAUUCGAGAUUUUGCUGUUAAUAGCUUGCUUGAAGAGAACUCUAAAAGAUGGAAUGAACAUCUUAUCCGACAAGUGUUUAGCCAAGACAUUGCCUCAUCCAUACUAAACACGCCGCUUGUCACUCAAGUCCAGCAUGAUAAACUUAUAUGGAAAGCAGAAAAGAAUGGAAAGUACUCGGUUCGGAGUGCAUACCGUCUUUGUACUGACGAGUUAAUUGACACUUCCUACCUGAGGCGUCCGGGAUAUUGGUCGGGGAUUUGGCGUUUGAAAGUCCCUCUGAAGGUUAGAAAUAUCUUUUGGAGUGUUUGUAGAGGUGUGCUGCCAACUAGAGUUCGGUUGCGUGAUAAAGGUGUGCAGUGCCCCCUUUCUUGUGUGAGCUGUGAUGCAUACAAUGAGGAUGUUGCGCACCUACUGUUUAAAUACCCUUUUGCCAUUCAAGUGUGGCAGAUGUCGGGGUUGUGGCAUGAAAUUCAGCAAGCAAUCACUUCAAGUAACUCAACUGCUGACAUUCUUUUUUAUUUGCUGCAACAUUUCACUAUGGAACAAAGCCAAGUUCUUGCUGCUUCCAUUUGGAGCUUAUGGAAACACAGGAAUCUGAAGCGUCCAUCUCAAGGUCGUUUCAAGUGUAACGUGGAUGCAUGCUUUUCAGUUGCCUCAAAUAGAACAGGCAUAUGCAUUUGUGUGAGAGAUGAUGAAGGUGCUUUUGUGCUCGCCAAAACCAUCAGCUUUGAUGUAGUGCAUUCGGUUCAUGUUGGUGAAGCUUUGGGUCUAUACCAUGCUAUGGAAUGGUUAAGUGAUAUGCUAUUCGAUAAUGUUGACUUCGAAACAGAUUCUAAGACCACUCACGAUGCUUUCCAUGCUCAUAAAGAUGACGUUUCUGAAUUUGGCUAUAUCAUUGCGGCUUGUCAAUAUCUCUUCACCAAUCAAUUCAUAAACUCUUGGGUUGAGUUCACUAGGUGA